AUGCAGCGCGCAAUCAAGGUACAACUCUCCCGUGCCCAGCACUACGUGUUCGCCACUUUCCUCGACACGCGUCUUUAUGGCGGGGUAGCUGCGGUCAAUCCUACGCAGCCCCUCCACCAUGCGCGGCAAUUCCGAAGGGUUGAGGGGCUCGAUGGCAACCUUAAAGACGGGCUCAGAAGCGAGUAUGCUCGACCGUAUGCGGCAUAUUUCGGCGCCAUAAGGGUCCUCAGUCGACGUGAUAGUCAUCGUUUUGUGGGAGCAGAGAUCUUUAUACGCUGGCCCUUGGUUAUGGUCCCCGACAAUACUCUGCCGAACACGUCAAAGGCAUUGGUGUCGAGGCGGUAG